ACCGACAGAGAGAACUGCAGAGAUAAAAGGCCAGACCAUGUGGUGUCUUGAACCACAUGUGCUGUCUAAAGCAAAGUGCAAAGCUAGGUUUUAAACCUCUUAACUGUGGUUCUCUGUUUAAGGCCAAUUGGUGUAGGCUAAAGGUGCCAGGUUAGGAAGAGGUUAGUUGCAUGCGAGGCCUAGUUACUGGAUGUAACGUGUGUUAAGCAUGCUAACAUUAACUUAGCAGUGUGGCUAUGCAAUAACCUGACCAUCACAACAAGGACAUCACAACAAUAGUUCAAUGAAUAACCUCAGCCAAAUAAAUACAUGUACAGUACAUUGAUUGAGUUAAACAUUCUUACUUAGCCAUGCUAUGCUUCACUAUAUGUUGCUAGGUUAUGCCCAGUUGUUACCAAGUCCAUGGAGAAAGAGACCUGGGUCCAUGGGGUUUCCCACUUAGGAGUUUAGCCGACUUCACUGCAUUUAACAUCGGAGCUGAGAGCAUCAGAGCUCAGAGCAGGAAACACAGUCACUCUGCAUCACGCUACUGCUGUCCUCUGAUUCCAUCAUCAGCCAAUGAGGAACCUCCGAUACUCAGUCAGCCGACCAGUGGUCCGAAGACUUCAGAGAGGAGAUUUCAUGGAGCUGUUCUUGUCUUGGGGCUUCUUGGGGCUGCUGAGUGUUUUCCUGCUGGCUGGACUCAUCGGCCUCGACGUCCAAUGUCCGUCUGCUCUGCCCUCUGGCCCCUGUCUCCUGGACCUCCCCUGUCUCCUGGACCUCGCCUCAUCUUGUCUGCUCCAUUCUCCCAAUCUGGACCCACAAAGCUCCAUACUCUACCUUCGAGAUCCCCGCCUGGCUCUGCUGUGAACCAUUCCCUGGGUCCGAGGAGCUCACAGAGGAGAUUUCAUGGAGCUGUUCUUGUCUUUCUGGGGCUGCUGAGUGUUUUCCUGCUGGCUGGAUUCAUCGGCCUCGGUGUCCACUAUUCUGUUGUCAUAAACAACCUGACUGAGCGUCUCCAGGACAGUAAUAACAACCUUUCUUCCGUGUCUGAAGAGAGAGACCUGCUGCUUGCCAACCUCACUGAAAUAACUAAAGAGAUGGAAAAGCUUCAGAGUUUGUCUGUACACAAGUAUACUUGUCCUGCAGGAUGGAGGAUGUUCAGACGUUCCUGUUAUCUCCUCUCCAGUGAGUCUGGUUCCUGGUCAAGAGGUAGACAGGACUGCAGAGAGAAAGGAGCAGAUCUGGUGGUUAUAGACAGCACUGAAGAACAGACAUUCUUGUCUACCUUCACUGACGAAGAAACUUGGAGUUGGAUUGGUUUGACUGACAAAGACAAAGAGGGAACCUGGAAAUGGAUUGAUGGAACACCACUGACUUUCAGUUACUGGGAGAUAGAUCAGCCUGAUAAUGGAGGUGGAGAUCUGCAGUGGGGUGAAGAGGACUGUGCACAUAUGAGGUCUGGCAAGAAAACUGAAGACAACUGGAAUGAUCGGUCAUGUGAUGCUUCUCUGCGUUGGAUCUGUGAGAAAAAUGCUGGUGUAUAAUAUGUAAAAAUGCUUUUUCAAAGCAAACUAUGAUUUUGCAAAAGUCAAAUCAGUUUGUAUGUGUGUGAAUUUAAAACUUUUCUCUGCUGUGCUGAUGAUCUUUUGCUUCUGUUCUGCCUUUUUAAAGAGAUUUCUAUAAAUUAGAUGUUUACAGCUUUUGCCAGAAGAGCUUCAUUAACCAAUUUCCAAUGUUUCAAACAACUAAAAGAAGCAGACAGAUAAAACAAAACAAAACCUCUGCAAAAUGCAACAGAUUCAUAAAAACCUUUAUUUUGAUUAAUGUCUUAGUUAAAGAUUUCAUGAUAGUUGAAAGUUGCAAAAAACCUGAUUGAGACCAUUUCUUAUGACAUCCUUCAUAUCAUAAUUAAACAAUGUAAUAUAGAUUUUGUGUAAUUAUGUCUUACUAUAUCAUCAAAUGACGCUUUCCUGAAAAUAAUUUUUAAAUGAAGUCUGUUCAGCAGCUGACAGAUCUCUUUAGCAGAGGUCAUCAGUGUUUGUGAAUUUUACUUGAUAAUUAGUGGUUUCACUCAGGAAACACUUGCUGUUGUGAGAGAAUUAUCAAAAUAUUUUAGAUGAAAUGUAAACCAAAACUAUUCAACAGAUGAGUCAAUAUAAAGUCAGUCAAUUACAACAUAUAAGCACUGUACUGGAGUCAGACGUUUGUCAUGAUGUCCUUUGUAAUGCUGGUAGCUGAUACUGGUUGUGGCUUUUUAUACAUUUAUGAAAAUAAUUAAAAUCUUUUUAAAAAUUGAAUUGAAAAGAAGUUAAUGAUAUGAUUUAAAGGUAGAUUUGAGGAUUGCUGUGGCUCUAUAAUGAAACCCUUGAGUUGGA